CAUUUGUAGCCUGUGUGCAAUUAUGUGACGUCUUUCGAUAUAGUCUACAUUGAUCUAUACUAAACUAUUAGUUCAGUGGAAGUUGAACUAUUAGCAUAUACUCAUAUAAGUGAGCCACUUAUUGACAAAUUAUUCAGCCUCAAUUAUAUGUAUAUGUGAAUUACAUGGAGUGUGAUACAGUGGAUGCCUGAAACAAAAAUACUACACAUGAGCUUAUAAUUUGAGCCAUCUUGCGAGUUUCACUGUUCAGUGAAUUGGAUUUAUAAAAAUCAUGUUGCAGUCUAUAAAUACUGGAUUUGAGAUUAUUGAUAUUUGUUUUAAUUAGUUUGAUUUAUCGCAAGCUAGUAUUAAACUAUUGCGCUGAAUGUAUCUCAACAGCUUUGCAUGAAUGGACUUUACUUCUCAUCUGCUUCCAAUGAACUGUUAACUCAGAAAAAGCAAUAUUUGAGAAUCAUCGAACUGUUAACACCGUUAAACUGUAUUUAAGAAUCAGCGAAGUGUUAACCUAGAAAAAGGAAUAUUUCGAAGAUUCCAUUGAUGGAGUUUAUUUUAUGGUCGUUGAGUUCUUGAUCGGAACCAACAGACUGAACGGAAAAUACCAGAAUGGGGAUUAUAUAAUUCAACGGAGCAAAUGUGAAAUGAAGUGAUCGAAAGAGACUACUGAAAAUAUUUUUAGUUGCCUACAAUUGCUCUUACAUUUUUUGGAUAUGAUCGAUAAAGGCUAGAGCAACGUUGAAGCUAUUUCGGAGAUAGAUGAAAGAGGCAAUAAAGAUUUGAUUGGAGGAUAUAUUUUCAUAUAUAGCUAAAAUGAAUUUUUGUUCAUUUGCUAAAAUGUUUGUAUGAUCUUGCGAAGGAGGAUGAUAUUUAAAAAACGAUAGACAGUUUAUUAUUACUAGGCAGUGCUGGAAUUUAUGUAACCGUACGAUAUAUUUUGAACAUUCAUAUAUAUCAUUGUUCAAAAACAUACUAGCGGGAUACAUGUAUCUAAUAAAUCAUUUUCAUAUUUUGAUCAGUAUAAUCGCUGGACUGGACUCGAAAUUAAGGAUUAUAAAAUUUUAUGACUGGUGUCACAAAACGCAAUAAUAUGUCGUAUACAAUGCUCAAGGAGGAAAAAUUUGGGAUAUUUUGUCGCUGUUGUAUGAGACAACCAUCUCGAGCACCUAAUAGUGAUGAUUACAUCUAUAUACCUAGCCAGCCUACUCAGGGCUCGGAGAGUGAUGCAAUGUUUGGACCAAUGAGGUUGCGGCAAAUCCCAAUGACGGUAUUGCUAGUUUUUUCCAAAGAAGACUCACAGAGUGAUGGUUUCUGGUGGGCUUGCGAUAAGGCGGGAUUUAAAUGUAACAUUGCACAUAAUACAGAAAGUGUCAUGGAGGCGUGUCUUGAAAAGCAGUAUGAUGUCAUCAUCAUAGAUACCAGACAUUCCAAGUCCUUUGAUCCUGAGGCUCUGUGCCGAUCACUGAAAGCUACGAAGUCAAGUGAACACGCAGUCAUUAUUGCAGUAACGAAAAAACAUACAAGUGAUAAAGAAGAACCAUCAAUUGCACCCCUGCUUUCAGCAGGCUUCAAUAGAAGGUAUAUAGAGAACCUAAAUGUUGGUACAUGUCUGAAUGAACUCUUAAGUAUAGAGCAACACGAUGUUCGGCUGCAGCACAAAGUACGAGCUGCAGGUGCAUUAUUCACUGCAUUAGACAAUUGCCAUGAAGGAAUCCACAUAACAAAUGAACAUAGAGAGACUCAGUAUAUAAAUCCUGCCUGUGAGCGGUUGCUAGGUUACACUUGUGAAGAAACGCAGGGCAAAGAUAUAACAGAACUACUACGUAGUGACAAAAAUAAACAAGAUUUAGAAGAAACUAUAAACUCACAAGUUAAGAAAGGAAAGCAUUGGGAAGGUGCAUAUUAUAUAAAAAGAAAAAACGGGCAGCAUAUUUUACAUCACUGUUACACAACUCCAGUUAUGGCCAAACUUGGGAAAGUCCGUCAUACUGUCUCUAUCCGAUCCACCCAUGACCAUAACAAUAUGCCCGUAGAUCGAUACAAAGACGGUGAAUUAACCCAAAAUGGGGGCAUCCACAGUUUCCCUAAGAGACGUGAGUCAGUAGCACGAAUCCAUUCAAUGACAAUAGAAGCUCCAAUUACAAAGGUUAUAAAUAUCAUAAAUGCAGCACAAGAAAAUAGUCCCAUGAUGGUGUCGCAGGCAUUAGAUAAAGUCCUGGAAAUUUUACGUACCUCGGAACUAUAUUCUCCGCACUUGCAGACCCAGCAAGUGCGUGAAGAGGACCAAAUGACGAGUGAUUAUGUAGGGGGACUUAUGACGAAUGACAACUACAGGUUCUGUCACUCUCCAGGUACUGUAAAAAGGCGGUCUUCGUAUGGCAUUGAUGUGAAAACAUCGCAUGGUCAUACCCCCCACAUUCCUAAAACUAUAAAGACAUUGAGUCAGAUCCCUGUAGAAAUCCAGAAUGCCACUAGGGACGAGGCGAAGUGGGACUUUAAUGUGCUUAACUUAGAGGAAGUUAGCAAUAAGAGGCCGCUGGUUUAUCUAGGGUUAAAAACGUUCGCCCGGUUUGGGGUUUGCAGUUUUUUAAAUUGUAGCGAAACAGUAUUACAUAACUGGCUUCAAAUCAUAGAAGCUAACUAUCAUUCAAAGAAUAGUUACCACAAUUCCACCCAUGCGGCAGACGUAAUGCAGGCUUCAGCGUACUUCCUUGAACGGGAAAGAAUAAAGGCAAUAUUUGACCAGAUGGAUGAGGUUGCUGCGUUGAUAGCUGCCGUCAUCCAUGACGUCGACCAUCCAGGCCGCACAAACUCAUUUCUUGUUAAUUCAGGGGACAGGCUUGCUUUCCUAUACAAUGAUCUAGCUGUACUGGAAAGUCACCACGUUGCACUCGCCUUCCAAAUCACCUCCAAGGACGAUGACGUCAAUAUAUUCAAAAACAUGGACAGGGAUGACUUUCGGGCCCUGCGACAAAGUGUGAUAGAUAUGGUAAUGGCGACAGAAAUGACGAAACAUUUUGAACAUCUCUCCAAAUUUGUGAGCAGCAUCAAUAAGCCCCCUGGGAGAGAGGAGGAAGAUUCUGUACAUAGUGGACGUGGCACUCCAGAGAGCUCUACCUCAAUAUCUCAUCUAAACACACCUGAGAACCGUACGCUUAUCAAACGAAUGUUAAUCAAAUGUGCCGAUGUCUCUAACCCCACUCGUCCCCUCUACCUGUGUAAGGAAUGGGCCCUGAGGAUUGCAGAGGAGUACUUCUCCCAGACAGAGGAAGAGAAAGAGAAAGGGUUGCCAGUAGUCAUGCCAGUUUUUGAUAGAAAAACAUGCAGUUUACCAAAGUCUCAAGUCAGCUUCCUGGACUUCUUUAUACACCAAAUGUUCGACGCAUGGGAUGCAUUCUGUGAUUGUGGUGAGCUUAUCAGUUAUCUGCAAAACAACUACCAGUAUUGGAAGGAGCAGCAGGAGUUGCAGGAACAGCAGGAGAAGCAGGAUACCAGUUUAUGAGACUGUGUUACCAUAGCAACCAAAUAUCAACAGUUACUACCAGGUGAUGUCAUAGCCACCAAUUGAUACCAUAGCAACCAAUGUGCUAUGAAGGAUACAGGAUUGAAUCUGUGUGAUGGUGUUGCCAUAGCAACCAGAUGGCUAACAUUACCAUAGCAACCAUGGCACAGUUAGGAUAUCCUUAAUUAACAUGGCUGACUGUUAAUUCCAUCUGUCUGUAUCAUCUGAAACAGUAAAGUCUGAUACUAUAGCAACCAUGUACGGUCACCAUAGCUACAGAUGAGUAUUGUGAUGUCAAAUGAACUGAGACAUACCUAUAGAGUAUGUAAGCUCACGGAGCGCAAUUGGACAUGAAGAGCUCCAAGUAUAAGCUAAUUGAGAAUUGCAUUUGAAAUGUACAUCUUAGACUAUUUAUUUUUAUAUGUAGAUGAGGCCACCUCUGUGCAGAUACCUACUCUUUACUAGGGGUGUUCCGAAUCUUAUUAAUCUUUGUUAUUAUCUAGUCUAAAGAGUCAAGUUCUUCAAGUUCUUCACUGUUAACAUCAUUCUUAUUUGCCACUUAUUUCGUACCUCUGCAUACCUCUCAACCACUUCCAUAAAUGUGAGGGUAUGUGGGCAGAAUUUAGAAGUAAAAUUUGAAUGAUUAUAUCCAAUCCUUUAUAAGAGCCAGAAAAACCAAUAGAAUUUUGUCAAGUUUGUUAACCAAGCUGUCUUAUAAAUAAGCUCAUAUCUGAGCAGUCUUCUCGGUUGGUAUGUAGAAAUUUUUCUCAGUAGAAUUUUACUUCGCAAUUCAGCAUAGGCUUGAAUUGUGAGCUGUAGAAGGGCAAACUAUCGCAACUAUCAAGUUUUGGGGCUUUCAUACCAUCACAUUGGAGUCUGAUCUGCUGUCCUAGUCGGGUCCAUAGACAGGUGGGUAAAUGCAAUGUUUCAAAAACCUACUCAUUGUAAGUCAUAGAGAUGAUUACCCAGACAUCCAGUUUUAGUUUUUCGACUUUGAGUUGAGAGGUAUGCCUGACAAUUGAACUGAAAAGCAAAACACGAAGUUCUAUUUUUUUUAUUUUUUCCAAUAUGCAUUUGCUUUAGCUACAAGUGCCUACAUUAAGCCUCUCCUUAAUGCCAUAAAUUGUGAUUUAUUUUAACAAUUGCUUAUAAAAUGUUAUUUAUGUAUGAUGUUCAAAUUGAUAUCCAAAUUUUUGUGUGCAUAGAGUGGAAUUGUGCAAUUAAUGCACAAAUAGUGU